AUUUAGUAAUCAGUCUGAGAAUGCACAGUACAAAUACAAUAUCACCAUCGGAAACAUGAAGUAUAAAAAUAUCAAUUUACUGUUCGCAUUGGCGUUCAAUUUAUUUUUACGAGUAAAUUAUGGGGAAUGUGCUCGGAUUUUGGGGAUUUUUCCAGUAGCAGGGAAAAGUAUUAACAUCUUAAGCAAUAGACUUAUGAAGGGGUUGGCAGAUGCUGGCCAUGAGGUGGUGGUAAUCAGCUCACUGAAGAAUAAAUUGCCUAUUUUGAACGGCAGUUAUACCGAUAUACAUUUAUCUGGCAUCUCAGAACGUUAUGAAACUUGGCUGGAAGAAAUCGAUCUCUAUCAAACCCCCGAAGACACCACCCUAUGGGAAACCAAGAAUCUGAACGACCUCAUGUUUUGGGUGUACGAGGAAACUUUCAAACAUCCAAAGCUCUUAAGUUUUAUAGAGAAAAAAGAGAAGUUUGAUUUGGUAGUAACUGAAUAUCUGUGGAGUGAUUCUGUGAUGGCUUUCGCUUCUAGUUUUAACUGUCCACAGGUUGUGUUCACUAGUGUUGGUGGAAACAACCCGAGCGUAAACGAAAUGGUUGGAAAUUACUUAUCCCCAUCCUACGUUCCCCAUUACUGGAUGCUUGGAACCUUCCCGAACGGACUAAAUUUCUUUGCCAGAACUAAAAGUUUCAUUCAUUACAUCGCCGACUAUUUUGUACAUAAUUUAAUACUAGUCCGCUCCCAUCAAGCCUUACUAGAGCGAUCAUUUCCUAACCCUCCUGACGUAAGAAAAGCCUUCUACAACGUAUCCUUAGUCCUUUUGGGGUCACAUAGUAGCUUUAGGAGCGCGACACCUUUGGCGCCCAACAUGGUGGAAAUAGGAGGGUUUCACAUUGACCCACCUAAAAAGUUACCCAAGGAUAUACAAGCGUUUCUGGAUAAUGCCAAGGAUGGGGCGAUUUUCUUUAGUAUGGGGUCACAUUUAAGGAGCAAAAACUUCUCACCUGAGAAGAAGCAGAUCUUCCUUAAUGUGUUCAAGAGGUUAAAGUUGAAGGUGCUUUGGAAGUUUGAGGAUGAGGUGUUGCCAGGGAAGUCGGAUAAUGUUAUGAUAAGGAAGUGGUUACCGCAGAUGGAUAUUCUUGGUCACCCUAACGUUAAAUUAUUCAUCAGCCACGCUGGUUAUGGCAGUACCUUAGAAACAAUUUACCACGGAAUGCCUUCCCUAAUGAUUCCAGUGUUCUUCGAUCAAUUUAAUAACGCCCAGCAGUCUGAGGAGCGAGGUUUCGCCCUAAAACUCUCUUACUCAGACAAAAACUUCACAGAAGCAACUUUGUAUUCCCUUAUAAGGGAGAUGCUGGAUAAUCCCGUUUAUAUGGAUAACGCGAAAGAAGCUUCCAGGCUUUUCCAUGACAGGCCGAUGAAACCAAUGGAAAGCGCCGUGUAUUGGGUGGAGUACAUAUUAAGGCAUAAGGGGGCGAGACAUUUGAGGUUAAAGGGGUUAGAUUUGCCUUGGUAUCAGUUUUAUAUGUUAGACGUAAUCUCGUUUUUACUACUGGUUUUAAUUGUGAUCGUGUAUAUUCUUAAGAAAGUCAUUACUUUAAUUCUAGAAUUAAAUAGCGGCAAGAAUGUGAAGAAAUUAAAGAAAAAUUAGGAUUAUGUUCGGGUUUAGUUUCAAAAACACUCAUUUCGUAUUACUAAAAAAAAAUGUGGUUUUUAUUCUUUAUUUUCUAAUAACUAAUUAAUUUUUUUUUAAACGCGUUACAUGUAUAAUUCAUGACGCUAAUAUAAUUUGAUAAGCGCUAUUCCAUGUCAACUGCACGGUUGUGCGAUUUCGCGGCAUUCGAAACCCAAAACGUAAUUAACCCCCGUAUUAUUCAAUAGAGUAUGCGGAACUGUAACUAUAAUUUCGCAGCUAUUUUGUUGCUGUUGACUACAAUAUAUGCGACCGAAUGUGCCAAGCUGCCAUCAAACAGUCGUUUAACUGAAUUUACCAGGAUUUCUGCAGCUGAUUUCGCCUAAAUUAGUUUAAUGUUUAAAUUAGUUACAUUUGCCGGUGAUUAUAGUAAUUGUAUGUGUACAUAACUUACGUGUCAAGGGGUGUAUUUUAAGGUAUAACAUAUGUGAGGUAGGAAAAAGUUUAAUAUACGCUGUGAGUGUUGCUGAAACAUGUUGAA